AUGGCAGCUUACUCUCUGCAGGGACCCAGCCGAACAGGCUUCGUCCUGCUCCUUCUAUGCACCUGCAUUCCCUUUCCAGCACCCGCAAGUGGCUCCGACGGUGGUGCGCUCCACGUCAAAUCUGGCGAGUCUAUCCAGGCAGCUAUCAAUGCAGCUUACUCGGGGCAAAUGAUCGUGGUUGAACUCGGCACAUACGCAGAACAGUUGACCAUAAACACGGACGGGUUACAGCUGGUGGGCAAAGGGGCCUCCCUGGUUCCGCCGGGCGCCGUAGUUAGGAACACAUGCACCGGCCUCGCUGGGCCUGACACGGAAGCCGGCAUCUGCGUAACGGGACAAGAUGUUACACUCGCAGAUUUCGUGUUAGAUCAUAGACAAGUCCUUUCAGUCGGUCAGCCAGUGAAAGACAUCUUGGUGACCGGUUUCCAAAUCCAAGGUUUCGGAUUGGAUGUUGCAGUUGUUGGAGGACAGAAUACCACGAUAGUCGGCAACGGCCUCUACGACGGCGGACAGUAUGGUUGCUUGUCUACCGGCUCAAACAAUAGUCACGUCGAUACAAACAAUGUUACCUCCACAGGCGGCUUACGGUACAUUGGUAUUUGCAUGGACGAUAUGACCCCUGGUCAGAUUACCAACAAUUCCAUCGAGGGUUACAACUUUGCGCUGUGUGUCCAGACGGACGGCGCACACGUAGCGAAUAACCACGUCCUCGAGUCGUGUUUCGGCGCCUUUGUCGACCCAGGGGUUCAGGGAGCAAAGGUCCUCGACAACCACGUCGGUGGAGCAAGUCUGAUGUGUGCCAGUCUCCCGGGAGAAGCAAUGGGCGGGAUCACGAUUUUCGCGGCCUCGGACACAGAGGUGCAAGGCAACGUCGUCGAAGGCAUGAGGGCGGGCGGACUGGUGAAUGCGACGGCCGGAAUCACCCUCGUGGACGACCCCACGACGAAUUCGACCGCCACAGGCAAUAAGGUUGUUGGGAAUACUCUGCUGGACAACGACCUGGACAUCUACGUGCGGACGGCGGGCGCUGGAAACGUCGUCAAGGACAAUAAAUGCUCCACGCCGGCCGAGUUAUGCGGCUGA